CCCUCCGGCCUCCUCUGCCCCUCACACCUCCAGCUCACACAACUCCGGAGCCUGCUUACAGCUACAGCCUACAGAGGUUCAGAGAGAUCCAACAGAGUUGGUUGCUGCAAUGGCGGCUCGCGGCUUCUUCUCUCUGCCGAGGCUGGUGCUGCUUCUGGUGGUUCUUGGUGACGCGGUCGCCAUGGCGGCGGCCAGGGUGCUGCUGGGUGGUGGCAUCGCGGAGGCGCCGUCGCCGGCGGUGGCGGCGGAGGGGCCGGCCGUCGUGGCGCCGUCCGGCGGCGGGAGGCAGGACCGGUCGAUCGCCGGCGCGGAGGUUAUCCUGGCCGGUUUCGCCGCGGCCGUGGUGGCCGUCAUCUUCCUCUACAUCCGGGUCACCAGGAAGAGCAACAACGGGCACGGAGCAGCUGAAAUGGCAGAGAAGGCCUAGCUCUUCAGAUAAACGCUGCGUUUGGGUUCUUGGUUAGUUGGUUUGUGUCUCUUUGUGUUUUGGGUUCUUGGGUUCAGAGAGACUUGUAAAGAAGAUGGGGAUGAGAUGGUCGGAAGUAGAGUUUAGUUUAGCUUAGAGUGAACGCUCCAUGUUUAGAUGCAGAGUUGGGCGCAUGUGCCAUGUGUGUGUGUGUGUGUGUGUGUGUGUGUGUGUGUGUGUGUGUGUCCCCUGGUGAUAGCUUCGAAUUCUGUAGUUUGUCCUGUACAUUCGUGUUUGUGUUGAGAAUGAGAUGUAGGGAAAAGAA